AUGGGAAUGAUGGUAGAAGUUGAAACCGUUGAUGAAGACGACGACGUUUUGAUUCCACCGCCUAAUUUCUCCAUGGUUGAAGAUUGCAUUUACCGAUCUAGCCUUCCUCAUCCUUCCAAUUUUCCAUUCCUUCAGACGCUAAACCUUCGCUCCAUCAUAUACUUGUGUCCUGAACCCUAUCCGGAGGAGAAUUUGGAGUUUCUGAAGGCACAGAAUAUUCGUCUAUUUCAAUUUGGAAUUGAGGGGAAAACGGAAGUUUCUUUACCUAUUCUCAGGGAUUCUAUUAUGGAGGCUUUGAAAAUUUUACUGGAUGUGAGAAAUCACCCUGUUUUGAUUCAUUGCAAACGAGGAAAGCAUAGAACAGGUUGCGUAGUUGGUUGCUUCAGAAAGAUGCAGAAUUGGUGUCUCUCUUCUGUGUUCGAGGAGUAUCAGCGAUAUGCUGGUGCUAAAUCCAGGACAGCGGAUUUAACAUUCAUAGAGAUGUUUGACAUCAUAACUCUUAGGCAGUGCGUCUACACCAUCAUCUACCAGUACCAAGGUGCUUCAAAGAAGCGCAGAUUGAUGUAUCAAGGCGAGCCUACGCAGAAGCCGCCCCGUUUGACAUCUUUUUAG